AUGCGCGCGCAGAAACUUGGCACGCCCGCCGCGCGUCCCGCUCGCUCGAGUCGGAGCGUCGCUCGAGAACCGUCAGUCAGUCUAUCGCGUGCAAAGGUAGUGGUCGUAUGUGCCUCCCUUUGCUCCACCGCGGCCGACAGUGUCCGUAACUGGUAUUCGGAAAAUUGUGCUUGUGCGUUUUCCGAUGAAAGCAGUGUGUGUGCUUGUGAUAUGUGCUAUUGUUUUCUAGGAUUGCUUUGCAAGUCUGCGCGUGCGCCGAAGUCGCGCGGGUGUCGUGAGCGCGUGUGGAUCGCGUGUUCAGCGUUAGCCCCUGUAACUGCCACGGUCAGUGCUCGCCGGAGUCCCGCGACUCGGCCGGCACGCCCAGCCACAGCCGUGGAUAACCUCGGCCAGAGCCCCCUCCCGGUGAAGAGGCUGCACGAAGCGCUUCAGUCUGCGCAAGUGAAGCGUCAGCGUCUCUCUCCCCCAUAUCCCUCCGCGCCCCCCGCGAUUCACCCCAUUCACCAGCUCGCCGUGCACCAGCACAUCAAGGUGCAGCAGAGUAUAGUGCAACAGAGCAUCGUGCAACAGCAUCAGUUGAAUCUGGCGCAUCAGUCACUGCAGAACUUGCAAGCGCAGAGCAUUCAGGCGGCGCAGAGUCUGCAAGCGGCGCAGGGGUUGCAAGCGGCGCAAAGUCCCGUCGGGUCGGGUGGCACGCAGCAGUCGGCAGCGACACAGGGCGCACUGGUGCCUCCACAGCAGCCUUCGCCGCGGGCCGCAUCGCCGCAGCACAAGACCAUGGAGCUCGCUUUGUGCCAAAGCAUGGACUCCGUCAAUACCGCCACCACAGAGGAAGAGGUAAGUGUCAAGAAUUCAAUAUCUUCAUUAGGUACAUACGUUACCUAA